AUGGCUGCUAACAAGAGGAGAAGGAGUGGUGGUGUUGAUGACAUUGCGGAGGCGAUUCACCGGAUGGUGGACGCGAUGCAGCCACCUGUAGCGGCACAGCCUAGGAUGGCGAUUGCACCAGUUAGGGUGCCAACUAUAGAGGAUUUCCUACACCACAAGCCAACAGAGUUCACUGGCAAGGCCUCCCCUGAUGAAGCGGAUGCAUGGCUCCGCAAGUGUGAGAAGAUUUUCAGGGUGAUGAACUGUGAGGAUGAGCAGAAGCUGCUCUUUGCUACCUAUCUGCUGAAUGAGGAUGCAGAGUAUUGGUGGACAGGUAUGCAACAGCAAAUGGAGACUAGGGAGGAGCUAGCGACAUGGGCGAACUUCAGGACUCGUUUCCUGGAGAAGUAUUUCCCCGAUACCGCUAGACAGGACCAGGAGGCAGAGUUCCUUGCACUGCAGCAAGGAGAUAUGUCGGUACAGGAGUAUGUCAACAGGUUCGAACAUCUGGCUAGAUACUCCUCCCAGAAUAUGACUGAGGAGUGGAGGUGCUUGAAGUUUAAGCGAGGACUCAAACAUGAAUUGAAGAAGGUAGUGACGCCUCUGAGAGAGAGGAGAUUUCCGGUCUUGGUGGAACAGGCCAAGAGCGCCGAACACUUAGAAAAGGGUCCUGGUCCUAUUGUGAGCCGACAUCAGAAGAAUGUCGCGGAGGCUAGGCAGAUGAAAAAGCCGUAUAGCCGGCCACAAACAUCUCAGGGUCCCUCUUGUUAUCAGUGUGGUGGACCCCAUCUGAAGAAGAACUGCCCUCAGUUGGCAAGCGGAGUAGGAGGGUCAGGCGACCGCCGCAAGUGUUUUAUAUGCGACAGACCUGGACACUUCGCCAACAAUUGUCUAGAGAAGAAAAGCCUUAGCACGAAGAAACCAGCCGCAUCGCCAACAGAGCGAGCGAGGGCAGCGGGCAGAGUCUUUGCCCUGACCACUACCGAGGCUACACAGUCGGGUAAUCUCAUCCUUGAACCUUGUGUGUUGUUUGGUAAUGUAGUACUUGUGUUGUUUGAUUCCGGGGCAACCCAUUCUUUUAUUUCUAAUGUGUGCGUGGGGAGAUUGGAUUUGGUGACACGCGAUUUGGGAUGUGAGUUGCUUGUUUCAACUCCCUCCUCAGGUCAAGUGGCUACCAGUUCAGUCUGCGUUGGGUGUUCUAUGGAAGUGGCAGGUCGCAGAUUCAAGGUGAACUUGGUGUGCUUGCCUUUGGAGGGACUGGACGUAAUCUUGGGGAUGCACUGGCUGUCUAACAAUCACGUCAUAAUUGAUUGUGGAUGA